CCUCCCCGCCUGGUCUCCGCGGCCGUAGCCUCAGCGCUCUGCCAGGGCCGCCGGCGGCUCCGCGCCUCAGCCCGGGCUGCGGCUCAGAGGAUCUCGUGCCUGUGCCCUGGGUCGUCGCGGCGCUCGCCCUCAGCCUGCAUCCCCUUCCCCUUCCCCUGAAACGGCAUCAGGAAAGAGAGGAGGACAGAAGAGUUCACAGCAGGCAUUCGAACUCUCCAAAUUCUCAGGCCUUCAGACUUGGACUGAAACUGCAUCAUCAGUUCUUCUGUUUCCCAGGCCUUCAAACCUAAACUGGAACUGCCGUAUUUGCUGUCCUGGGUCCCCAGCUUGCCAACUGUAGAUCUUGGGACUCAUCAACUUUUAUAAUCAGAUUAAAUUACCAGUGUUUGAAAGGGAGCAUUGUUUUCAUCAUGAAUGCUAAUAAAGAUGAGAGACCAAAGUCCAGAAGCCAAGAUUUUCACCUUUUUCAUGCUUUGAUGAUGCUAGGCAUGACCAUGCUGUUUCUUCCAGUCAUUGGAACUUCUAAGCAAAAUAUUCCACGACUCAAGCUAACCUACAAAGACUUGCUGCUUUCAAAUAGCUGUAUUCCCUUUCUGGGUUCAUCGGAAGGACUGGAUUUCCAAACUCUUCUGUUAGAUGAGGAGAGGGGCUGGCUGCUCCUGGGAGCCAAGGACCACAUCUUCCUGCUCAGUCUGGUUGACUUAAACAAAAAUUUUAAGAAGAUUUAUUGGCCCGCUGCAAAGGAACGAGUGGAAUUAUGUAAAUUAGCUGGAAAAGACGCCAAUACAGAAUGUGCUAAUUUCAUCCGAGUACUUCAACCCUAUAACAAAACUCACAUUUAUGCAUGUGGAACUGGAGCAUUUCAUCCUUUAUGUGGAUAUAUUGAUCUUGGAGUCUAUAAGGAGGAAGUUAUAUUCAAGUUAGACACGCAUAAUUUGGAGUCUGGCAGACUGAAAUGUCCUUUUGAUCCUCAGCAACCUUUUGCUUCAGUAAUGACAGAUGAAUACCUCUACUCUGGAACAGCUUCUGAUUUCCUUGGCAAAGAUACUGCAUUCACACGGUCCCUUGGGCCUACUCAUGACCAUCAUUACAUAAGAACUGACAUUUCAGAGCACUACUGGCUCAAUGGAGCAAAAUUUAUUGGAACUUUCCCCAUACCAGACACCUACAAUCCAGAUGAUGAUAAAAUAUAUUUCUUCUUUCGUGAGUCAUCUCAAGAAGGCAGCACUUCUGAUAAGACCAUUCUUUCUCGAGUUGGAAGAGUUUGUAAGAAUGAUGUCGGAGGACAACGCAGCCUGAUAAACAAAUGGACAACUUUUCUUAAGGCCAGGUUGAUUUGCUCAAUUCCUGGAAGUGAUGGGGCAGACACUCAUUUUGAUGAGCUUCAAGAUAUUUAUUUACUCCCCACAAGAGAUGAGAGAAAUCCUGUAGUAUACGGAGUCUUUACCACAACAAGCUCCAUAUUCAAAGGUUCUGCUGUUUGUGUGUAUAGCAUGGCUGACAUCAGAGCGGUUUUUAAUGGCCCAUAUGCUCACAAGGAAAGUGCAGACCAUCGUUGGGUGCAGUAUGAUGGAAGGAUUCCUUAUCCCAGACCUGGUACGUGUCCAAGUAAAACCUAUGACCCGCUGAUUAAAUCCACGCGAGAUUUUCCAGAUGAUGUCAUCAGUUUCAUAAAACGGCACCCCGUUAUGUAUAAGUCAGUAUACCCAGUUGCCGGAGGACCAACAUUCAAGCGAAUCAAUGUGGAUUACAGACUGACGCAGAUAGUGGUGGAUCAUGUCAUUGCAGAAGACGGCCAGUACGAUGUAAUGUUUCUUGGAACAGACAUUGGAACCCUCCUAAAAGUUGUCAGCAUUUCAAAGGAGAAGUGGAAUAUGGAAGAGGUAGUGCUGGAGGAGUUGCAGAUAUUCAAGCACCCAUCAAUCAUCUUGAACAUGGAGUUGUCUCUGAAGCAGCAACAAUUGUACAUUGGUUCCCGAGACGGAUUGGUUCAGCUCUCCUUGCACAGAUGCGACACUUAUGGGAAAGCUUGUGCUGACUGUUGUCUUGCCAGAGACCCCUACUGUGCCUGGGAUGGAAAUGCAUGCUCUCGAUAUGCACCCACUUCAAAAAGGCGAGCUAGACGCCAAGAUGUAAAGUAUGGGGACCCAAUCACCCAGUGCUGGGACAUAGAAGACAGCAUUAGUCAUGAAACUGCUGAUGAAAAGGUGAUUUUUGGCAUUGAAUUUAAUUCAACCUUUCUGGAAUGUAUGCCUAAAUCCCAACAAGCAUCUAUUAAAUGGUAUAUCCAGCGGUCAGGAGAUGAACAUAGGGAGGAGUUGAAACCCGAUGAAAGGAUCAUUAAAACGGAAUAUGGGCUACUGAUUCGAAGUCUGCAGAGGAAGGACUCUGGGAUGUAUUACUGCAAAGCCCAGGAGCACACUUUCAUCCACACCAUUGUAAAGCUGACUUUGAAUGUCAUUGAGAAUGAGCAGAUGGAAAAUACCCAGAGGGCAGAGAAUGAGGAGGGGCAGGUUAAGGAUCUAUUGGCUGAGUCACGGUUGAGAUACAAAGACUACAUCCAAAUCCUUAGCAGCCCAAACUUCAGCCUCGACCAGUACUGCGAACAGAUGUGGCACAGGGAGAAGCGGAGACAGCGAAACAAGGGCAGCCCAAAGUGGAAGCACAUGCAGGAAAUGAAGAAGAAACGGAAUCGAAGACAUCACAGAGACCUGGAUGAGCUUCCUAGAGCUAUGGCCACGUAGUUUUCUAUUUAAUUUAAAGAAAAGAAUUCUUUAUCUGCAAAAAUACUGUCUUCUGUUUUGAACAUCCCUUAUUCUAACUCAUAAAUGCUUUCCAUAGAGUUUUGCUAAGGUACAAUAGUCUGAAUAGGACUACAUAUGGUGAAUAUGGGAUGGUAAGGGCAAAUAAUUCAUCUACACCAGUUUUCCAGGAAUGAAACUUGUACCUGCAAAAUAUCAGAAUUAUCCUCAAAAUAGGGGCUUCACACUUGUAAAUGCUUUAUUUUUUGAGUUUUAGAGUUUAUUAUGUCACGCGAGUAAUUGAGCUAGGCAAAUAUCAAAUUAGAUAUUGUAUUAAGAUGCUUUACUCCUUUUUAGGUCCAUUAAGCAUGGAGUUUAUCGUGCAGUUGUGCCAUGUUCUCAUGAACAGAUAUAUCAUUCCACUCUAGAACUGGCUACGUUGUGGUAGGAAUUGGAAGGAAGACACAAAUUAAGACAACUCACAUUAUCCACAGGAACUAUCCUAGUGAGUAUGGUGUAGAAAUUUGGAAAAGUGCGUUAUUUCUUUCAGGCCAUAGCGGUUGCAUUUAACAUACUGCAACAUUGAUUUACUGAAGGGCAUUAAUGUUUCUCCCAGGAUUCCUUAUGACUUGUCAGGAGUAACAGGUUCCCAGAGAGAAGUUGGCGCUCAGUUAUGUGUUUCUAGAAUAGAUGCUAAGCUCUACAGGGACAGAAUGCUUAAUAAAUAUUUUACUAAAAUAUGGAGAAUAUUUUAAUAAAAUAAGGGAAACAUCAUGAUGUAUACUGCAUCCUAAAAGGAAGGUAUGCAGAUAGGAGACAGAGGAAAGACAGCCAUAAAUUCUGCCUUUGGGGAAAACUCAUAUCCCCAUGAAAAGGAAGAACAAUCACAAAUAAAAUGGGCAAAAUGUAAUGGAGCCCUUUUCACUAGAUUAUAAGUAACUGCCAAUUUAUAGUCCAAACUGCUAGUAAAAGUCGGAGGAAAACUAAGAUUUCUAAAUUAUCAUGGGAAGGAUGAACAUGCUUUAUUUAUAACCGGUGGUAUUUCAGUAUGUGUUCCCUCUCUUUUUUCUAAAUAUUUAUCAUACUCUAUAUUAUUUUCAUUUACUGCCUUUAUUCCUUCCUGCAUAUUGGAUUAUUGGAUUAUAUUUGAGUGAAUGGGAAAAACAAUAUAUAAUACAGAGGAGAUAGAAUUAAGUAGAUGACAGUGGUAGGGAUUGGGUAUAUAUAUUUGUUGAAUAUAUAUUUGUUGAAUAACAGAAUAAGUGCAAAAUUUUAACAACGGGAAGGGUUAAAUGAACUCUUUGACAUCUUUUCUUCAAACAACCUUUUUGCAUUUCAGAGGUGAUGUGUUGUAAAAGUAGCGUAGUUUUAUUAACUUAAAAAUAAAUAAGCCUACCACGCGUAAAGAAAAUAAACUCACAACAUUAACAUAAGCAUCAUUCAUAUCUUGUUAACACUAUCAAAUGUUUCCAAUUUGACUUUUCCUCUAAGUAUGUAUGUUGUGUUUCCUGUCUGCUUAAGCAGGACUCACCUUUCCUUCUUCUAACACAAAACCCUUAGCCUUCUUCUGUUUUGCCUUUUCACGCCAUUUAUAGUGUGAAAUGAAAAAUUAGUCACUUCUUCACAUGGAAGGCAGCUUUUCAGAAAACUAAAUAACAGACGUUGCUCAUUUCUCAUGCAUUCUACGUAUCUUGAAAGAAAAGUCUGUGAGAAAGCCAUGUGAUUACAGGGCAACUUAUUACAGAGUCUGUGACUGGCUCUAUGUUCAAAACAUUAUUUUACUUUCAUUUUAUUUGCAUUGCUUAUCUAUCCCAAAGUAGUCACACUGACAUAUGAAGUUACAUACCCCCAUUUAAUCUUAUACUCAAAAUGUUUGUAGAUUUAUCAUUAUAAGGAAAAGUUAAGCAAUAAUUUUAAUAAAAGUAAAUCAGAAUUAAUCACUCUUUUAGAAAGUUAUGUGAAAGAAUAGUUGUGGCAGGAUCAGACUACUAAUUGAAUGUCAUAACAAUACUAUUUGUAACUAUUGAUUUGCUGGGAUAAAAAUGUUUCAGGAACUCAUAGCAGCUCAAGGCAAAAAAGUGGGACCAUGCUUUAUUUUUUAUAAAUUUCCAAAUAUUUGUGUAUCAGACAGUAAGAUCAAAUUAUGAAUGGCUUUGAAAAAAAUUACAUGAAGCUCAGACGUUAGGAUUGACUUGUUAAAAUAAAUUUUGUUUUCAUCUAAAUAUGAAUGUUCAAAUCAUUUUUUAGUUACUUUGUUCUAAUCUUAAUUAUUCACACAAAAUUUCGGUAACCUAUUUUAUGCCUUAUAUCUAAUAUUCUGCCCGCUUUAGAUACAAAACUAUUAAUUUAUGAUAAUUACUUAAGAUACAUUGGAAAUAUUAUUAGCAAAAUAAAAUUUCAUAUAAUAAAAAAGCAACAUAUGGGAACAAAAAUUUUCUGUGUAUUUUUAAAGAAAGAGGAUAUUGGAACUAUGUUUUAUUUUUUAAUCUUUUGUUUAGAACACUUAGAGGAACAGUAUGAAUAUAUUAAAUUCACAAACACAAUAUAUAAUUCCUCACCACUAAAGAUUUUUCCAAAUUUGCUUUGAAAUAAUGAAAAAUAUUGUAGUUAAUAGUUUCAAAUAUGCUAAGAAAUCAACUUUCUAUUGAGAGGGGCUUAAAGUGUCUGUUUCUUCUUGGUUUCCUAUUUUUCUCCCUUGUCUUCAAUACAUAUAUCCCACUUCUUUGUGUGUGCUCACCUGCAUUUCAUUCCAGCUAUUUAUGCUGCUAAGUGGAAUCCUGCCUGUCUGUAUUCAUUUACAUUUAAUUUAUUAGAAAUUUUAAGAGUUUGUUUAGAAAUGGAUAGUCUAAGUAAUUAAUUUAUGUAGAACCUUUUUUCCCAAAGAGUUCAAAACACUACAUUCAUAUUACUGAAUAAACAUUUCUUAAAACCAACCAAAUUACUUUAAAAAUGGAAAGAUAGUUAUAGAGAAAUUUAGUAAUUUGCAAAAGCCAUAACAGCAGUAGAAGAAAUUCAAAAUCUCAUCAUACUGUUGGCUAAAGUAAUGCUGUGUACACUAUGCUGGCUACAAAAUAGUCUUACUCUUGAAUUUUGCCUUUGAUCUAUAUUUUGGUUCUUCAUAUGCUAUUACAUUUUGUUCCUGAUGAAUUGUGUAGACUCAGCUAAAAGAUAAGUUAAAAAAAGUCAGUGCCUGUUGUUCAAUAUUAUCAAAAUUGUAUUUCCGAGGACAAGUUGAUCCUAUUCAGAUGUCUACAAAAUAAUAAAGAGCACUCAUUAAACACUGAUUUUCUUAAACUUAAAUACAAGAUAUAUUUCUUUUCUAUAUAUAUAUAAUAUAAAUACAAAUGGAAAUCAAAAUUGAACUAUCCUGCCUUUAGAAUGUCACAUUUGUCUUACACAACAUGUUGGAAUUGAUUAGCCUUACUGAGAAUGGACAGUUUAGGAAUAGAUGUUUUUAUAGAAAGAUAUAUUCCUCUCAGUAAAUGACCAUAAAUUUACAUAAUUCAACUUACAUCUCAGGUUAAAAAAAUAAAAUCUAAGAUUCCCAUAUUCUACACAUUGCAAGUGCAAAGACAGGAGCAUGCAUGUGACUUUUACCUCUCAUUUAAAUAUUUUGUAGUAUAAAGUAUUUAUGGAAAGUUUGAGAUAGAUUAUUUUUUGAGAAAGGGCAAAAAAAUCUGUCAGAAGCCAUAGUUAAUCAUGUAAUUUAAUUCUGGUAUUGUGAGUGGUUAGCAAUCAAUUUUGCAUUUACAGUUUUACUAUUUUGAGAGAAAUGUAGUCUUGCAGUAUAAAAUAGUAGAGAAUUGUUAAAUGUAUAUUUUGGUUUUAUUAUAAUAAAACACAAACAUUAGUGUUCUAUGCUUAUAAACAGU